AUGCGCCCGAGAAGCCGGAACGACUUUGCAAUCGCGAUUAUCUGCGCCCUUCCCCUCGAGGCUGAUGCCGUCGAAGCCCUUUUUGAUGAAACGUACGAUCGGUUAGGCAAACACUAUGGCAAACAACCAGGCGAUGCAAACGCGUAUAUCAAUGGAAGAAUUGGCAAGCACCAUGCGGUCCUGUGCUACUUGCCAGGCAUGGGAAAAGGAAGCGCUGCAAGUGUUGCCUCAAGCCUACGAGUCAGCUACACUGGCAUCCAGCUUGCUUUAGUUGUUGGCAUCUGCGGUGGUGCUCCACCACUACCGAAGUAUGAUGAGAUAUUUCUCGGUGAUAUUAUCAUCAGUGACACCGUGAUGGAAUACGACUUUGGCCGACAAUACCCCGGUGGUUUCCAGCGAAAGACUGGUGUCAAGGACACACUUGGCAGACCGGAUCGAGAAAUUCGGAUUUUCCUUAAGAGCCUUCAGGCUUAUAAUACCCGCGUUGAAUUUCAGGACCAGGUACUCCAGCUUCUUAUCUUCACAAGCAUCAUGGAGAGACUUUUUCUGUCAAGUGCUGCUGCUUGGGGAGUAAUGUACCGGAUAGUAUUUGCCAAGAUGCCUUGGAAAAAAAUUGCGAAGAUCUUGGAUGUGACAAUGAUCAAGUGA